UGAAAAUUGGUUAAUUUCACACUGCGACAAGUAGGAUUGAAUAAAUAAUAUUAAUAGACUUCCCGGGAGUGAAAUACAACUCAAGAGGUUCAAGAUGUUUAAACGCACCUUCAAAGUUGUGUUCAGCACAAAGAAAAAUAAUUUUGCGUUUUUGCCAGAAAAUUACUAUAAAGUAGUGUCAACAUACGAUAAUGGCUGCAUACAAUUACAAUAUAGUGGACAUCUGCAUUAUAUGCCAUGGGCCACGGAAAGCAAUAGUCAAGAUAAUACAAUCGCUAUAAAUGCGAGGGUGGCAAAAGAGAUCGGGUUGACUGAGAAUGAUACGGUAAAGUGUACACUUGUGGUAGAUGUUCCAAUACUACGAAACGUGUUUCUGACCCCAGUUUCAUUAAAAGAUUGGGAAAUAAUAGAGCUGAGCAGCGAACAAAUCUCACGAACAACGCUGGAGCAAACAAAAAUUGUCAACUCAAACCAAAUUUUAGUGGUGUGGAUAAAUAAGUCUAUGCAAGUAGCUUUGACUGUAGAUCGCUUAAAGCCAAAUAUUGUCUAUGGACGCAUUGAUCAUACAACGCAACUAGUUAUUGCACCCAAUCUGCAGAGCGGCACAAAUUUAGAAACCGAAAAUAUAUCGCGAAGUAAAACAUUGACACAAGUCAAUGGCAAUAAACAAGAGGGUUCUAAUUAUAUAAGUCGCUCAACAACAGUUAGUGAAAUGAAACAGUUGAAGCGGACACAAAGUUUGUCAAAAACCAACAGACAUGACAAAAUGGAACGUUUAAAAAAGGACUUGAAUAGAGAAGUAGCAAAGUUUGUAGAGUUUCGAAUUAUAUCUGGAGAGUGGUCCAAUGGCUCACAGAUCUCCGACGUCUUCGUUAACAAAGAAAAUUGGCCUCAUCAUAUGGAUGCUAUGUCAAUAUAUUCCCUUAAAACAAUGGCGGACCGCGAAUAUUAUGUUCGAGUGCGACUAGUCGACGAAAGCGAAAAUUUGCAAAAUAUUCAUCCAACACUUGAAAUGAAUGUAAAUUUAAUGAAUUUACUGCAAGUGAAAGAACUAGAAAAAGUUGUUUUGAAGCCUAAGCCCAUAAACAUAAACUUUUUGGAGAAAAUUGAAUUGUUUUCGAACAAAAAAACUCACUACAAGGUUUUGGAAAAUUCAUUCAAACGGUUUGUUCGAGAAAAAACUAAUGGAGGUAAACUUUUAUUGAAUCAAGACGAAGUUGUGCGACUAGAGUCGGAUGAGAACCUUAUAGUUACCGUUGGCAUAUUGCCAGAACACUUUCGAUACUGUGUUAUUGACUCACAGUUGCUUAAAGAAAAUAAAAUAUAUGCAGCAGAUUUAUUGCGGAAAGUAGACGAUGUAAUAGAAGUUCAACCCACAACUACUAAAUCACCUCUUUGUAAGAAGGACGUAAUUGAAUUACGAGAAUUUAACUUAAAAGUGGAGGACUUAACAAGCGAAUUGAAAACAAGUCUCUGUUUAGACUCGAACAAUUCGGUAUUAAAACAGGGUAAUAUUCUUUUAACUGGAAAAUCUGGAACUGGAAAGACUGUCGUUGUUGAACGGAUUCUUGACGAACUAAUAAGAAAACCAUAUUUUUGCUAUUUUGAUAUAUUUUACUGCACUCGUAGCAAGGGACGCAAGGCUGAAUCCGUACAAAAGGACUUGCGUACAGUUUUUACAACUUGUUUGCAAAAUGCUCCGUCUAUUCUGGUUCUGGAAAAUCUGGAUGUAUUAGCGCACGCAUCGACUGAUCAAGCUGCUCAAGAUAGCGAAUAUUUUAAUCGUAUUGCAGACAUUGUGCACCAGCUUAUUGUCCAAUAUACCAGUCACCAUCCCAUUGCAGUAAUAGCAACGGCAAAUGAGGUUCAAUCACUUAAUAAACGAUUAUACUCCCCAAGAGGUCGUCACCUAUUUCAAACUAUUGCAAGUCUCCCAAGUUUAGAAAAAUACGAUAGAGAAACUGUGUUAAAGGAGCUCUGCAGCCAUAUUGAAUCUGAGAGUCUAGAUUUUGAACGCUUUGCUAUACUAACGGAGGGCUACAAUAAAGGUGAUUUAGUUCAAUUAGUUGAACGUGCAAUAUUUUAUGCUUACAGAUUAAGCAAAAAUCAUCCGAUACUUUUAAACGAGCAUUUGAAAGAGUCGUUAGAAAAUACAAAUUCAUACUGUCUACAGGGCAUAGAGAAUCACCAGCUAACAGACAACGAUCCAAAUGCUGAUGGCAUAAUGCAUGGAGACAAUAUUCCAGGUCUGGAGCCUGUAGUAUCUGUGCUUGAAGAGGUCCUGAUGUGGCCAUCGCGAUAUCCGAGCAUUUUCAACGAGUCUCCGUUGCGAAAUCAAGCUGGAGUACUUCUUUAUGGGCCACCAGGAACUGGAAAGACAUUCUUGGUGUCAACACUUGUAAAGUUGUGGAAUCUUCGAACAAUAUCAGUUAAAGGCCCAGAACUGUUGGCAAAGUACAUUGGCCAAAGUGAAGAGAACGUCCGGAAUUUAUUUAAUCGGGCACGAAAUGCAAAACCUUGUGUACUGUUCUUUGAUGAAUUCGACAGUUUAGCACCAAAACGUGGUCACGACUCCACUGGCGUGACUGAUCGUGUAGUUAAUCAGUUAUUAACUGAACUUGAUGGUGUUGAGGGUUUAAACGGUGUUACCGUUAUUGCUGCUACGUCUCGACCAGAAUUAUUAGAUCCAGCACUAUUACGUUCUGGACGAAUUGACCGAUUGGUAGAAUGUACAUUGCCAGACUUUCCAUCUAGGCUGGCAAUAUUUGAAUCAUUCUCUAACAAAUUAUAUCUAGAUGAAGCCGUAGAACUAGAAUAUUUUGCUGAUAAAUCUGAAAAUUAUACAGGAGCGGAUAUUCAGAGUAUAUUCACGUCUGCUAAUAUGAUCGCAGUUAAGGAAGCUAUUUCAGAAUUUGGACAAGAGAAACUACCAGACCGAAUUAUAAUAAAGCAGACCCACCUAAUUGAAGCUUUUAACUCAACCCGACCAACUCUCAGCAUGGCCGAUGUGAUUCGAUAUCAAAAAGCGUAUGCCAGAUUUAAAAAUAAAGAAAAACCGUCCCGGGAUUUUGUCUCUAAGCGUGCCACAUUAGCCUAAGCUUUGCAUUUUAAUAAUGCUCACCAACUUUUUUAAUUAAUUUUAUUUAAAUAUAUAUAUUGAUUUUA